UGGCUCCCCUAGACCCUCGGCACUCAACUCCCAAUAAAAUUCUUUCCAAGAAUGAUGUCAACAGAAAGCGCCAACAGUUUCACGCUGAUCGGAGAGGCGUCAGAUGGCGGCACGAUGGAAAACCUCAGCCGGAGACUGAAGGUCACCGGUGACCUCUUUGACGUUAUGUCUGGGCAGACAGAUGUGGAUCACCCUCUGUGUGAGGAAUGCACAGACACUCUGCUAGACCAGCUAGACACACAGCUCAACAUCACAGAGAACGAGUGCCAAAACUACAAGAGAUGUCUGGAGAUACUGGAACAAAUGAACGAGGAUGAUAAGGAGAAACUGCAAACAGAACUGAAAGAACUUGCACUGGAGGAAGAGCAACUGAUUCAGGAGCUAGAGGACGUUGAGAAGAACCGCAAGAUUGUGGCUGAAGACUUCGAGAGAGUCAGGGCGGAGGCAGAGCGGCUGGAGCAGGAAGAAGCUCAGUAUCAGAAAGAAUACUGUGAAUUCAAGAGGCAACAACUGGAGCUAGAUGAUGAGCUGAAAAGUGUGGACAACCAAAUGCGCUAUGCCCAGAUGCAACUGGAUAAAUUAAAGAAAACCAAUGUGUUCAAUGCAACCUUUCACAUCUGGCACAGCGGUCAGUUUGGCACAAUAAAUAACUUCAGACUUGGCCGUCUCCCCAGUGUUCCUGUGGAAUGGAACGAGAUCAAUGCUGCCUGGGGGCAGACUGUGCUGUUGCUACAUGCCCUUGCUAAUAAAAUGGGCCUGAAGUUUCAAAGAUACCGUCUUGUACCAUAUGGCAACCACUCAUAUUUAGAGUCCCUCACGGACAAAUCAAAGGAGCUCCCCUUGUACUGUUCUGGAGGCCUAAGGUUCUUCUGGGACAAUAAGUUUGAUCAUGCAAUGGUGGCUUUCCUGGACUGUGUGCAGCAAUUUAAAGAGGAAGUGGAAAAAGGCGAAACUCGAUUUUGUUUGCCUUACAGGAUGGACGUGGAGAAAGGAAAGAUUGAAGAUACAGGUGGCAGUGGUGGCUCUUACUCUAUUAAAACACAAUUUAACUCUGAAGAGCAAUGGACAAAAGCACUAAAAUUCAUGUUAACUAACCUGAAGUGGGGUCUUGCCUGGGUCUCAUCCCAAUUCUAUAACAAGUAACCACGUAAAGAACUCCUUCUGGCAGCUGUAGAGUGUCUGCGUUUCGUUGGAGAAAGUCAAAUUAAGAUGUCUCUUAAUAUUAACCAGUACAAAAUGUUUACAAUACCAAAAAUCCACAAGACACUUUAUUUAAAAUACCAUUAUUACAAGUAGUAUAUAGAAAAGCAAUAUGUAAAGCUAUAUCAUUGAGCUGAACAGAAUAAAAAAAAAAUCAGCUACUAAAUAGAUGCUAAACUGGUACUUUUGGGGUUUAUGGGUAUGUGUACAAAUUACUGUUGAACUUCAAAACGCCAGUGAGUUUGAUCCUACUCUGUUACAGCUUAACACAGGUUAGAAAAGCGAAAUGUUACAAACACAGGGAAUAAUGUGGAAGAACUCUCGGAAGCUCUGCUUGGUCAUUAAAGAGUAACUACAGUUUGAAAUAAAGUAUUUUCUAAGUCAUA